AUGGACUCAAGGGCAACUGCGUGUGACUUAUGCCGGUUGCGCAAAGCUCGCAGCGAGGAGAAGAUUGACCUUUUGGAUAAACGCUUAGCAAAUAUUGAGUCCUUGCUGCUCAAACAACAACAGAGUGCGGCGUCAACACAAUGCUCAUGCUCGGGGCUGACCCCUGAAAAGGCCCCUUUAGAAGUGCCGCUCUCCGUAAAGGAUACGCCUCACGUCGCCACAGAUUAUGAUGCAGGAGAUGAAGCUCCGCCGGUUGAAGGCCCUUCCUCACUGAGAUUCCAGAUGGCAGCAACAAGAAGACUCACAGAAAGUGCGGCCAUUGAGUUGGGAACCUCAUGCUACGUGAAUGUCGUUGCUAGUGCGCAUAGAGUCGUGGGAUCUCAGAGCCCAGCAGGAUCUUCCCAACGACACUUAGCCCAGAAGCCCGUAACUUACCGAAACAUGCCUCUGCCGCCAAUAGCCGCUGUCGUUGGUGUGCUUAGACAACUGAAAGACAACCCUCCCAGCAGUUUUUUUGUUUUGAGGUGUUUUCUCCCAUGUUCGGACUUCAUUGACCUCUGCCGGAACGUCUACUUCUCCGUCGACGACUAUACUGCCAUUGACUUCAUUAUAGUGAACUCGGGCCUGCAUUCUCUUUUCACAGAGUACUUUUGCCCCCCCAGUGUGGGACAGUCUGAGCCUCGGAAACAGUCUCUCGCCUGGGGGGCAAUGUGCAGGGACGCUCUCACGGCCGCAGUAGCAACGAUAGAUGCCAGUUUAUCUGCAAAAGCCAAAAACGUACAAGCAUUGAUCCUCGGCACAACGCACGCCAUCGAGAUGGCAAAACCGUGGCUGGCAUGGAGGUUGAUAUGCUUCGCAGCGCAGCUUUGCAUGGCUGCAGGCUUUCAUGACGAGAGUCUUAUUGUUGCUGAUGACGAAAGUACGAGAAACGUCAAAGCCUUGUUGUUCUGGCACGUCUACGGGUUGGAAAAGAGUAUUGCCUUGCGCGUGGGCAGAGCCUCCAUGAUUAGAGACUCUGAUAUUGACAUACCCAAGGGGCUCAAUCUGGUCUGUCUACCAAGGCUGUGGGAUAAAGUUGUGCCGUUCUGGGUCGAGAAUGCGUCAAUUCACAGCAAAAUUUACGAUCUGCUCUACAGUCGAAGCGCACAGCUUGUCUCCCAGGAAGACUUAUCCGAGCGAGCAGAUAGCCUGCUUGCUGAUCUCAAGUUGAUAGAGCCCGUUAAUCUGGUAUGUACGACCGUGGAGCUUGUUACUCAGUUCAAGAGACUACUCCAAACCCCUUUUAUUCCACUCCUGGUGGUAUUUUGCCACAUAGUCGAGACUCAAGAUUCGAGCGACACGCAACGACUCAAAUGCUUUGCAGACAGCCUUGAGCAUGGGGCCGAUCUAUCACCUUCUGCAAAGGACUUUUAUGACAUUACUCGACAGCUCUAUAUGAUUGCAGAAAAGCACAUCCAGACAAGCAGCGAGCAAGAUUGGGCGUCUGUCCCGUCUCUGUCAACCCUGGGGCUCACCCAAUUUUAUCCGGCUAAUGCUAUGGCGGGCAAUUAUCAUUUGGCGGCUGAACACGGGCAGUCUAAUCAGGACAUGGAGAUGAUGUUUGGUGGGGAGCAGGUCAUGGGCUUCUUCUAG